CCCACAAGACACUCCCCGGAAGCACACAGCCACACAGCACAACCACCACAUCUCUACACGAUGUCUUCCUCAGGAUCGACCGAGAUCCCAUGGAACAAGGUGAGGGAACCGGCGCCUGAAGGAAUGCAGGUGUCUAUGUGCUUCUGUGGUUCCUUAUGCAAGCUCAUGAUGUCAAAGGUUUUGGACGACUUCUUCGGAAUGAGGUUUUUUAUGUGCGAGAACUACACGCACGACCCGCCGAAGCGUCGUGGCCAGGAUAGACCUAAGAGUCCACCCCCUCUUUGUGAUUUCAUGCAGUGGGUAGACACGGAGCAGACCCAGCAAGAUAAGGAGUGGGUUCAACUUCAAGCAAGGUGGGCUACGGAAAGGUGGCAACGAAUGUUGCACGAGGAAGAGAAAGAGGAGAAGCGCAAGAAAGAGCAAGAAGAGAUCCGCAAAAGGAUUCAGGAAGUGGAGCGUCAGGAGGCGGAGGAACGGGAAGCGGAUAGGGAGAGGAAGCGAGAGAGGGCACGGCGUGCAAAGGAAGCAGGACCCGAUGCAAAUAGGAAGAGAAAAUAUCCUCGGUGCACUCAGUAAAUCACAAGAGUUGUAGUCCCGGUAUUUUAUUUUCCCUAAGGCAUGUUAGGUUUAGUUUCAUCACGAGGCUAUCGUGUUGCACAUGCCACUGCACUUCGUUCAUCAAGUUUACCAUUUCGGGCAAAGGCCUUUUGUGUCAUGUUACCGUAGUAGUAGAGAUGCAAUAGUCCGAUGCAAGUUUAUCUAUCUCACCAGUAUUUGUACUUUGUAAUUGGAGCCGAAAAUUUAUGGA